GCCCCUUUUAGGCACUGAGUAUAACUCCUCCCACUCUGAUGACACAUCAAGCCUUUAAGUAGGGGGAAGAAAGGAGGAGCUGAACUUACAAAGAGAGGAGACGAGUGUGUUAAAUAUCAAGCUGCGUGGCACAAUGUCUGAGAAUGGAGCUGCGCCAAUUGCUGAUGAGGUUCCCGAGCAACAGAAUGCAGUGAGCCGAGUGACAAGCCUUCCUCUGGUUAGUUCGGCAUGCAGUGUUGUUGGUGCUGUAUAUAGCUCCACCAAAGAAAGUCACCCCUACAUACGCAGUGUGUGUGACGUGGCUGAGAAAGGUGCGAAGACUCUAACGGAGGCUGCAAUGAGUGGAGCUCAGCCACUGCUAACGAGACUGGAACCACAGAUUGCCAGUGCAAAUGAAUUGGUCUGCAAGGGCCUAGACAAACUUGAAUCCACACUCCCUAUUCUUCAGCAACCCACAGAAAAGGUUGUGUCUGAUACAAAGGACCUGGUGACAAAUACAGUGACUGGGGCUCGAGAUACUGUAACAGGAGCCGUAUCUGGUGUAAUGGGUCUUGCUUAUGGGGCUAUGCAGGGAAGUGUUGAUAUGACUCGGGUAGCAGUAUCCUCUGUAAUGGGAACACGUGUGGGACAGUUGGUUACAAACAGCGUGGACACUGUUUUAGGAAAGUCUGAGGAACUAGUGGACCAUUACCUUCCAAUGACUGAUGAGGAGCUAGCUCAACUUGCAUCAUCCGUGGAGGGGUUUGAAGUAGCACCAUUGCAGGAGCAAAGGAAGCAGCAGAGUUACUUUGUUCGCUUAGGAUCGCUGUCUACACGAUUGCGCCACCGUGCAUAUCAACACUCCUUGGGCAAGGUGAGAAGUGCCCGGAACAACACUCAGGAACUUCUCACUCAACUACAUCAGACCAUUGACCUGAUGGAUUCAGUAAAGCGUAGUGUACAGGGUGGUCAGGAGAAACUGCACCAAUUAUGGCUGGAAUGGAAUAAUAAACAGCCAAAUGCCAGGUUGAAUGAUGGAGAGGAAAGGUCACAGUUUGAGCUCCUGGAGUACCGAACUUUCACGAUGGUGCAAAGUCUCACAGCGCAACUGCAGACCACUUGCUUAAGUUUGGUGACUGGAGCACAAGGUCUUCCAUCUCACAUUGAGGAGCGGAUGCAGCAACUACGGCAAAAUGCCCAAGAUCUCCACUCCUCUUUUUCUAAUAUUUUUUCCUUUGGGGACCUCUCAGCAGGGAUCCUGACACAGAGCCGAGAACAAGUUACAAAAGUCCGUGACCAUGUGGAUGAGCUUUUCUCUUAUGUAGUUACCAACGCUCCCUUAACUUGGCUUGUGGGACCCUUUGCGCCUCAGUUGGUAGAGAGUGCUGAAGAGCAGCCGAUAGCCCACGAGUGAGACAGGAAGGGAAGUAAAAGGCCCAGCUUAGAUUUGGGGAUUCAUAAAUGGGGCUUAAAAUAUGGCACUUAAUCCACUAAAAGGAUAGUAGGUUAUCUGCUUUUGAAAGUAGAAUAUACACAGAUCUGUACUAUUUUAUUGAUAGACAACAUGCUACUUUCUGUGCAUUAGUGGCACAUUUCUUGGCUUCAUCACUUCAUUGAGUUGUUUUAUAGGAAAAAUGCUUUCUCACUAAUAACUACAUUCGGCUUUUGCUGCUCAUAAUUCAUUGCUAUCACAGUGAAAUCUCUGAUGAAACUUAUCUUAGAAAAUGGUUAGAUCUUGUGCAAACAUUACAACUUUACGUGUGCCUGGUUAUUUUGUGUACUUUGGUCUUGAGCUGCUUUUCAGUUUGGUUUAUAAAUGUUUUAUAUACAAAUAAUAACCAUAAAAAUCUAAUCUGCAUUUGA